CUGGCUGGCUACAUCAUGUACCAGACCUCGCUCGCCAUGUUCUAUGAAGCUGUGUGCGUCGGAAUAGAUUUCAAUGGCAAUGUAAAUGCCGAUUAUUUUCAACUACCUCUGCCUCCGACUGUUUCAGAGAAUCCCAGGCAAACGGACAACAAGCCAAAACCUAAGAAACGACGGGUGACGUCUCUUAAAACUGGGCUUGCGGCACAGUGCCAAGGAGGUGAAUGGUUCCAUUACUCGUGCGUUGGGCUGACACCAGAGACAAGAUUCAAGGGGAAGUGGUAUUGUCCAACCUGCAGGCAACUUCCACAGUGACAAAAAUGGCAUGCAUACACUUACAGUACAUGUGAUGGUGGAGGCAUGGAGGGAUGAUCGUUUGUUUUGCCUUGAUUAGGUCAUUCUAGAGUUUAAGAUUAUGCAUCCGUCUCUUUCUUCCCAAAAUAAAGAGAAGAAAGAACCCUUGAGCGGAAGAACAGUCGAAUUUUGUAAAAUGCUUGGAGCUACUCCUCCUCCUUCCGUGGAUGUGAAUUUAGCAAGGACAGUUUAUAGUUGGCAGUGUAAUGGAAUGGAAGAAACACCAAUGAGUCCUGGAAGAACUUUGGCUGUCUUCUUAUCCACCGUUACUUCAUUCAUGUUUUUUUAUCAAAUUGGACUUUGCGUUCGAUCA